UUUAAGGGAAAGGGGACGGACAUCAUUUCCCAGCGUUCACAGGGAGCGCGGCGGGGCAGAGCCUCGGCUGUUGCGCACCGGGGUGUGGUCAGGGCGCGCGCCCUCACGCGCGCACCGAGGACUUUUUCCGAGCGGAUUUGUACUUUCCGUCCUUCUUGUGCUCUUCAGCUCCCUGUCAGCCGGCUCUCCCUGGUCUGCUCUCCUCUCCUCUCCGCUCAGCAGCGAUCUGUUUCUCUCUCUUGAGACUCCAUCCAAACCCGUCAAAAUGGCCAGCAGGGGAACCGUUAAACCCAAUGGAAACUUCAACGCCAGUGCAGAUGCGGAGGCCCUGCACAAGGCCAUGAAGGGGUUGGGGACUGACGAGGACGCCAUCUUGCAGCUGCUGACAGCUCGAAGCAACGCCCAGAGGCAGGAGAUCAAAACCACCUACAAAACUCUGUUUGGAAAGGAUCUGGUGAGCGACCUGAAAGGAGAGCUGGGCGGCAAAUUUGAGACGCUGAUCGUGGCUCUGAUGACGCCUCCCCUCGCCUACGAUGUGACUUCACUCCGCAAUGCCAUCAAGGGAGCAGGAACUGAUGAGAAGGUGCUGGUGGAGAUCCUGGCCUCCAGGACACCUGCUCAGGUGAAGGACAUCAUCGCUGCUUACAGACAGGAGUACGAUGACAACCUGGAGGAGGACGUGUCUGGUGACACUUCAGGUCACUUCAAGAGGCUUCUGGUGAUUCUGCUUCAGGCCAACAGGCAGACGGGAGUUCAGCAUGAUAAGAUUGAGAGCGAUGCUCAGGUUCUCUUUAAAGCAGGAGAGCAGAAGUUUGGCACUGAUGAACAAACAUUUGUUACCAUCCUGGGAAACCGCAGCGCUGAGCAUCUUCGAAAAGUAUUUGAUGCUUACAUGAAGCUGUCUGGAUAUGAAAUGGAGGAAAGCAUCAAGAGAGAAACUUCUGGACCUCUGAGAGACCUGCUUCUGGCUGUUGUGAAGUGUGCCAGGAGCGUUCCAGCCUAUUUUGCUGAGACCCUCUACUACGCCAUGAAGGGUGCAGGCACUGACGACAACACCUUGAUCAGAGUGAUGGUGUCCCGUAGCGAGGUUGACCUUCUGGACAUCAGAGCCGACUUUAGAAGACUGUUUGCCUGCUCUCUGCAUUCAAUGAUCAAGGGCGACACCGGCGGAGACUACCGUAAAGCUUUACUGCUGCUCUGCGGUGGAGACGACGCGUAACCAACGUUUACCAACAGGAACCACACCAAAAGUGCCUCCUCUCUUCGCGGACCAUAACAAGCUAACACAAAGUUUUGGGAAAGAAAAAACUUAUUUGCAUGAGAGAAAGAAAGAGAGAGAGAGACAAGAUGAUUAAAAAAGAAAAUUGUCUUUGAAAGGUAGCUAACAUUUUGUCCACAUCUAUGCAGCUUUUGGUCCACUAAUCUCCAUUAAAAACAUUGCUUUGUUAUUCAGUUAUGAUACUGAAGUGUCAUUCCACAAUAUUUGUUUUGUUUGCACAUUGUAAGGCUGAACCAAUAUGUACAAUAAUAAAUGUUUCAAUUGAUGAAGUUCAA